AUGGACAUUCUUGGUUACGACCGCGGUCUUCCUGACCUCGAUCUCCCCAAAAACAACGACAAGGAUGCCCUCGGUCACGACAGCAACAUCCCGAUAGACUCGCCACAACAAUGUUCGAGCGAUUUUUACUACUCAACACCCGUGGCAGUCACGAUACCACACAAUUUGACGCCUGUUCCCAGUGUUUUGCUGGAGAAUCCGAUGAACUUGAUUUACUGUCACUAUUUCAUCAAUUACACCGCCAAUGUUCUGGUAACUCAUCAAUGCCCAUCGAAUCCUUUUUCGACGAUCUUGCCGCAGCUUGCCAUGGAGGAUGAUAAUUUGUUGCGGCUUUUGCUGGCCUACGCAGCUUGUCACAGAGCUCGCCUUUUGCGACAUGCUGAGCCUAAGAAUCGUAUCGCGACAUGGGUCACCCCUGUGUUUCCUUCUUUGCGUCAAGCACUUUCAGGAAAUGAGCCGAUUACCGAUUCAGCAUUCGGAUCUUGUGUCAUGCUGGCCUCUCUCACUCAAUCAUACCCUCUAGCGUUCGACUUGCCGAUUUCCUGGCAAGAGCAUCUCAGCUUGGCGCGACGAUUGUACAGUCUCAGACUUGGUCAAGAAGGUCUUCAACGAACCAAUGCAACCAUCUUCUUUGGCAGAUGGUUUGCUUACCUGGACACUUUUGGAAGCGCGAGUAGCGAUACUUACCAAGGUGCCUACUACGAAUGGUCACGCGAGCUCAAGAUGGCCGAGGAAAUACCCGAACUUCAAUGUUUGGCUGGCUUCACCACCAAAUCAUUAUGUCUGUUAUCGAGGACUGCAGAGUUGGCCAAGCGCUGCGAUUAUGAGCGUCGCUUGCAUGGGCAACCAGCCGUUCAGACGAUAACCAUGUCGCAGCAAUUAAGGAUGAAUCUGGAGCUCUUCACCUUGGAAAUCAAGCACACGCGCUAUGAUUGUGCCUGCUCACAGUCAUUGACAUCCUCGACCGAGGUCUACCGCGCAGUCAAUGCCGCAAUCAGCCAUGCAGCGUUGAUCUACCUUCAUCGUCGCGUUUACAUGCUUCCAUCCGAAUCUCGCCUAGUACAAUUCUCAGUCAAUGCAAUUCUGGACGCCUUCAACGAGCUUAAAGGAUACAACGCAUUCGACACUCCGGAUAUCAUUUUGCCUCUAUAUCUUGCAGGCUGCGAAGCAAGAGAUCCUGGUAAGGCUGUUGAUGUGCUCCAACGCCUACAGAGUAUCGAGAACGCUGGCAUGGGACAAGUCGUUCGUGUCAAGGCUUUGUUGCAAGAAUGCUGGGAUACCAAGAGAGACUGGACCGAACUCAAGCACAAUGUGCUUCUUGGCUGA